AUGUCUCUUCUUCUCAACCAGCCCUUGAACCUAUGCUUUCGUAGGAAACCUACGUUUGUAAGAUCCUCCCCACUUCUCGCUAAUGGCUUAUCAACUUCCUUGUUGCAAACCCCUCCUUGUACCAUCAUUGACGCUGAUCCUUGUGGAAAGGGUCUCGGAAAACUCUUGAUUUACUAUCAUAAUGAAUGUUUGUUCACUAGUUUGGAAAAGAAGGUGCCCAUGGAGUUGGUGGAUAAUCCAAUGGUAGUGAUCGGGUCAUCCCAUGGCUGGAUAGCAACUUUGAAGGAAGAUGGAAUACUGCGUCUCCAAGACGAUCUAAACCCACAUGCAUCGUAUACAGAUACUAAGCGCAUUCCCCUGCCUCCUCUUGUAACUCUGCCUCAUUGCCAAACUCAGAUCGUCACCAAUGUGUCAAUGUCGUCCUCUUCUCCAGAGGAUGAGGACUGUGUUGUGGCUAUAUAGUUCUUGGGACCUCAGCUAAGCUUUUGCAGACCCGCUCAAAGUAACUCGGAGUGGAUCAACAUCAGAAUCGCAAACCCUUGCUUCUACUCCUCCCGUGUCAUGUUUUCGGAGAGACAUGGUAUGUUUUGCAUACUCGGAGCUGGAGGGCAUAUCAUUGCAUCAUGGGAUCUCCUCCACACACACAAACAAAAUCCCAAGUUCCAGAGGAUACGGUUCAGAAACCUUCCCAAGAUGACGAAGACCAAACGGGAGCUUAUGGAUUCGUGCUACAAACGCGAGCACUUGGUUGAGUCAAGAACCACCGGUGAGACUUUCUUGGUCAAGUGGUACAGGAAGGCCGUCUGGAGAGGUAUGUCGAAAUUGAGUACAAAAGCUUUAAUGGUGUUCAAGCUUGAUGACAAAGGAAAUGCUGUAUACACUCGAGACAUCGGAGAUCUCUGCAUUUUCCUCUCAAAGUCUGAACCAUUUUGUGUGCCUAUUAGCUCCUUUCCCGGCAUGAUUUUCCCUAACCAAGUAGAAAUAGCGGAUGUCGGCGAAACCGGAUUUUUCCAUCUGCCUGAUUCCUUCAUCGGUGCUCAUAAUACUAUAAUCGGUCCCGGUUACCAUAUUCCACCUCAAAAUAUAAACUAG